AUGCACAGCGACACUGCUGCCUCGCCCGCUGGACGCCACCCGCCCGACCUCGACAGCGAUUAUCACUCCGACGAUGACCAAGAGGCCAGCGGCCGCGCCGGAAAGCGCAGGCGCCUCGUCUCCGUCUCGUGUGAAGUCUGCAAGCAGCGAAAGGUCAAAUGCGAUCGCGGCCAGCCCGCCUGCGGCUGGUGCGCCCGUAAUGGCGCCGUCUGCGAGUACAAGGAGCGCAAGAGGCCCGGGCUACGGGCGGGAUUCGGCAAGGAGCUCCAAGAUCGCAUGGAUAAGCUCGAGGCGAUAUUGAGAUCUCACUCCGAGAUCCUCGAAGCCUCCCUCCCGAACCAUGCCGGCAGCCGCACCGGCGGCCUCUUCUGCGGCAGAAACGCGAGCCUCCCCAGCGAUCAGGGCACGCCGCGAGAGCCAUCGCAGAUGUACAAGCCCGCCGAACCGGUCAAUACGCCGCAGGUGGACGCUGCUCUGAGUCUCUCCAGGCCGGCCGCCUUUACUCCCACUUCGCAAAGUACCGACUAUGGCACCUCUUCAGCGCCCGCCAUUCACGACAGUCUUCGAUCUCAGAUGCAAUGUUCCACCGUCUCCUCGCCCCUGCAGCUGCCGCCCAUCCAAACAACCAUGUCCGCUCACGAUCCUUACGGCUCUGCUCAACCUGGCGAACCAUCUUCAAUCAGCAAUUUGCCCCUGGCGACUUCAAACCCGCCCGGUGACCAGGACAUGCCCCCUUAUGACCUGCUCUACACCCUGGUCGACCUGUACUUCAAGCACAUCAACACCUGGUGCCCUAUUCUCCAUCGGAGGACAACUCUCGAGCUGCUGUUUGGGCCGUCUACCCUCCAAGAGGCGGAUCGAAUACUGCUGCACGCCAUUGUUGCUACGACCAUGCGCUACUGUACCGACCCGAGACUCACUCGUGAGCGGAGGCAGCACUACCAUCGAAUAUCCAAGGGCAGGGUUCUGCUCUACGGCAUGGAGAACUCGUCGGUCAAGUCGCUCCAGGCGCUGGUAAUCCUGGCGCUGGAUCUCUGCGGGAGCCUGAAUGGUCCACCGGGCUGGAACAUCAUGGCUCUCAUCACCAGGGCCGUCGUGCAGCUUGGUCUCGCCGUCGAGAGCAACUCAUUCAGUGUCGCCCCGAGGUUCAAGUCAAUCUACACCCUGAGAGCCUUGAUUCUCGCCGAGCCAAAGGACUUUAUCGAGGAGGAGUCGCGCCGGAGGCUGUUUUGGAUGGUCUACAUGCUGGAUAGAUACGCAACAAUAGCCACGGCGUUUGAGUUUGCCUUGUCCGACAAGGAAAUCGACCGCAAGCUGCCUUGCCGAGAGGAACUGUGGUUCCAAAACCAAAAGGUCGAGACGACGUGGUUCACGGAUGGCGACCAAGUCGCAGGGACUCCAGAGCACAAGGCUAGCAGCCCGGAAAACCUCGGCGCCUUUGCCCACUACAUGGAGGUGCUGGGGAUCUUUUCCAAGAUCCACGUCUUCCUCAAGCAACCCGUCGACAUUAGCGCCGUGGGCGACGUUGAGCGGUGGAAGCGCCGGUACAAGGAACUCGACAACAUGCUCGUAUCCUGGAUGGCGGGCCUGCCGAGCGAGUUUGGCGACAUGACGAAGCUCUUUCAGCCGGGCGCGAUCAACAACGUCAGCUGUUCCUGGAUGAUGAUGCAUGCGACGUUUCAUACUGCCGUCAUUCGGUUGCAUUCAUCAGCCGCCUACCCAACGGCACGGUCCAACGUGUUUACGCCUUCUGCCGGCGCCGCCCAUCUCUGCCUGCGAGCCGUGGAAAGGGUCGCGGCCCUCGCAGAGGUCGUCGUCAACAACGGAAUGCUCUCGAAGCUGGGACCUCCCUUUGCAUUCACAAUUUGGGUGUGCGCGCGACUGCUGCUUGUUCACGGGUCUACGAUUGAGAAUGCAGUGUCGGCGCGCAUAUCAUUUUUCGUCGACACGCUUCGCGAGAUUGGCAGAUACUGGCAAGUGGCGGCCAGAUACUGCGGAUUGCUGGAGAUGGUCCUUGAUGAGCACGCCGACAGUCAGCGCCAGGGUGGCAAAGUCAUGCCGAGCUCGGUCAAGAUUCUUUCCGACAUGCGGCGAACGGCCUUUGACCUGGAUCUUCUCAUUUCUCGACAACCGCGGCAGGGUCCACCCCACGCCUUGACGCCCACAAAGACGCCGGAUCAGAACGAGCUCGAGUACCUCGACGUUUUCGACUUUUUCAACGUCCCUCGCCUGGCACUUGGCGGAGACGGCACGGCAAUGUCGCACGAAGCCACCAUGGACGGGCAGAGUGGCGGUGCGGAACAGCCCUCGGGACCGCUCAACGAGUUCAACAUUACCAACUUCAUGGUGGACGCCAACAGCGACUGGCUAUUCAAGCAGGAACAUGCCAAAUUUGGAUAG